AUGUCAUUGUCGAACCAACUUAACGCCUUUCUGGCUAUGCCGCCCUCUCUGCGACUCGCUGUGAUCGGGGCCCCUCCACGCAUACGACCAAGUCAGGCCAGACUUGCUUUGAAGGCUUAUAGAUCUACUGCCGCUUGGAAUUACGAUGAAGCCGCUGCAUUCUAUAUACCCGAUUCCCGACAAGGUCGCGUCGACAAUGUCUCGCUCGAAACACUUUGCAAAACAUCUCACAUGCGAUCAACUCCCGAUGAGCCUCUCCUCUCCGGACUAAGUACCCUAUUCACUAGGAACCCGGCCACAUUCCAAUAUGGAGAGACAGAUUUCUACAAGCUCAAGAAGAAUACACUCAUCCCUGAAGUUUGUGUCCUCGGCCGAUCUAAUGUUGGCAAGUCGUCUUUCGUCAAUGCUCUUGCUGGCCGAAGUCAACGAAGUCAAAACUCGCUGGCGCGUAUUAGCAAGCACGCUGGAAAAACUAGAGAGAUGAAUACAUACGGAUUUGGACCGGCACCGCUGCCGAAAGACAUUGCCGCGUGGACUGCCGAACUUAAAGGCAAAGAGGAUAUCCCAACUCAUACCUUUUAUCUUGUGGAUAUGCCUGGAUACGGACACGCCUCUUUGGAAGACUGGGGACGUAAUAUUACCCUAUACCUGACCAAGAGGAUAGGCGUAAAAGGAGCCAUAAUCUUAAUCGAUGCUGAAGUUGGGCCCAAGGAGCUGGACUUACAGUGUUUACAAUUAUUGAGCUCUGUCAAUAUGAGAACUUCCAUCGUUCUCACCAAGGCGGAUAAGGUUAAAGGUGGCCUACUCGCCUUGGGUGAUUUAUGUGCCAAGUUACGGGACAAUAUUCUCGACAUUGAAAAGUCACAAGAGAAUUAUAAUUGGAAUUUAGACAGAGAUGUGUUUGUCACUGCUCUUGGUGCGAGAGAUGCUGCUGUUAUACAUUCAACAGCAUUGCAUGCGAGAUUUGCUGUGGCUCGUUUAGCCGGCUUGAUAGAAACUAACCGACCGGACUCGGAAAAAAACGAGAAGUGGUCUGGCAAAGUUAUCUCGUUUGAAGACCUACAGUAUGCGCCAAAGGAUUCCUUGCCCAAGAAGGUAGAUAACUCCGAAUCUUCUAAACUAGAAUGGGCUGCGGGAAGGGGGCAUGAGGCUCGUCAUGGAAUCACAUCAGGUAUUUUUAGCUCCUUACAUUCGAGGAUUAUCACCCAACCCCAGGCUCGAAGCUUCCACAGCGACAGCUGUAGGAUGAAAGACCCACGCAAUAUGGAACCAGAUUCACAGGAGAUGGUUGAUAUCCUAGAUGAGUUCAUGAAAAAGAUCAGGGCUACGAACACGACCAGCAGCUAUGUUCGAAAUAUGCGGCGGAAGAAUGAUAGACGUCUACCUCCUGCACCGGAAAAACGCAACAUCCUCGGCAGACAGGAUGAAAAACUGCAUAAUAUCCUGAAGAAGCGCUUCCCUGAAGAUGUAGCUAGGUCAGAAAAGAUACGCGAGAAGAGGUUGACAGGGAGGAACCCACAGGGAGGACGGGAACAAAAAGCCAAUGAAGAAGAAUGGCCCACUGACUUUCCUUCAUCGAGGGGCAAAAGUGGGAAACAGAAAAAUGAACUUAUGACUCCAGACGCAUUUAAGGCUCUAGUAACGCAACCGGAAUCGAAAAAUAUCACGCCACCAUCUUCAGGACAAACUAAUAAGAAGAAGCAAAAAGGCCAGAAUAACCCCGGUAAGAAACAAUCAAAACAAAAAGAGAAAGUGGUGGUGGACGAGUUUGAAGCCAAAUUUGCCAAGGCAUUUUCAGGAAAAUUCUAG